CUGACCUCACUGACUUGGUAGAGAGUUUUGGAGCAUCCAGAAAUCCUGUGGACUCUGUUACUUUUAAUCCUUGUGUGGAGUCUUGCCUGUGUCCACUGGAGUGUGUUACAUCCAAGGACCUUUAGAGGAAUCCAGAGUGCAGGGCUGUGUCUGCUGUCUACCCAUUGAGAGGCCACUUGCCAGGAGCUGCUGAACGGCCCUUCAUUGUCUCUCGUGUUCCAGGAACACCUCCAUCUAGGAAGCAGAAGAUGCCAUACUCCAACCUGCAUCCAGCCAUCCCACGGCCCAGAGGUCACCGCUCCAAACAGGCAGCCUUGGUCUUGCUGGUGGCCAGCCUGAUGAUCCUUUGGGUGGCAGGGGAUCCACCAAGUCACACUCUGCAGCACCUAGUACUUCACCUAGCCUAUCAGCAACUUGGACUACUGUUGAAAAAGCUCUGCUGUCUGGCUGAAGAGCUGUGCCAUGUCCAAUCCAGGUACCAGGGCAGCUACUGGAAGACUGUGAGCGCCUGCCUGGGCUGCCCCACCCGCUGCGUGGCCCUGUUCUUACUGUCCUCUUAUUUCUACUGUUUCAUCCCGGAAACUGCUGAGCUGCGCCUCAGUUGGAUGCUUGGCCUCCUGGGCCUCUCAAAGUCGCUCAGCAUGCUCCUGGGCCUUCAGAGCUUGGCCCCAGCGGAAGUCUCCGUGGUCUGUGAAAAAAAGAAGUUCAAUGUCGCCCACGGGCUGGCCUGGUCAUACUACAUUGGGUACUUGCGGCUGAUCUUGCCAGGUCUCCAGGCCCGGAUCCGAAUGUUCAAUCAGCUACAUAACAACAUGCUCAGUGGUGCAGGGAGCCGCAGACUGUAUAUCCUCUUUCCACUGGACUGCGGGGUGCCUGAUGACCUGAGUGUGGCUGACCCCAACAUCCGAUUCCGAGAUAUGCUGCCCCAGCAAAACAUAGACCGUGCUGGCACCAAGAAUCGGGCGUAUUCCAACAGUGUGUAUGAACUUCUGGAGAAUGGGCAGCCUGCAGGUACCUGUAUCCUGGAGUACGCCACCCCCUUGCAGACCCUGUUUGCCAUGUCACAGGAUGGCAAGGCUGGCUUCAGUCGGGAGGAUCGGCUUGAGCAGGCCAAACUCUUCUGCCGGACACUGGAGGAAAUCCUCGCAGAUGUCCCCGAGUUUCAAAACAACUGCCGCCUCAUUGUCUACCAAGAGCCCACAGAGGGAAACGGCUUCUCACUGUCUCAGGAGGUGCUCCGGCACAUCCGUCAAGAAGAAAAGGAGGAGGUUACCAUGAGCGCGCCCCCGACCUCAGUGGCGCCUCGUCCCUCUGUACUGUCCCAAGAGCCAAGACUCCUCAUCAGCGGUAUGGAUCAGCCUCUCCCACUCCGCACUGACAUCAUCUGAGGCAUGGGACAGCUUUGCCUGGGCUCUGGUGACCCUUCAGCCUCCUGACUGAGCCCUUCCUUCAAUGUCUAGGAGCCUCAUAGAGACUUCACAUUCUCCAGAUGAGUCCCACAUUCCCGGGCAAGCCAUUUCACCUCUCUGAGCCUCAGCCUACCCCACUUUGAAAGGAGGCCAUAAUGUGUUCCCUGCCCUCUCAUACGAUUUGUGAAGAUUAUACAUGUAGAAGUUUGGUGUCAACGCUUGGUAAACUUGAGAGAAAGGCCAAGCAUUUCCCAUGGAUGCUCCAGGCAUUCUCUGCUCUCUGUUGACCUGUGUGGAUGGUACCAGCAGACCUCCAACCCUCCAGCUUCUGGUCAUGUGUGUUCAAUGGGAGCUUCAGUAGACGGAGAGAGGAAGAAGGAGCAUUUGUUCUGUGAGUUGCAUAGAGUCACAGUGGGCUGCCCUGCCAGGCUGCCUUCUCAGUAAACAUACCUAGUCCCCUUUCCCUAGUACUGGUAUUUGUAUGACACUGGAGUACUUACUAUCUGGUUUCUUCAUAUCAUGUCCCUUGUACAUGGUCCUUCUAAAGACACUCCUCGAAUUACCCGGUUCUAGCACACAUCUUUUUCUGCUAGGAUGUGAUAGCUACAAGGCACUGGAACACAUCACCCUUGACGUCGGUGUCUGAGGGCAUAUACAGCACUCCCUGUCCUCCUCGUCCUGCUACAAGGCAUCAGCAAUGGGUGCCAUUCCAAUCCAGACAGAGCCCACCAUUCACACUGAGGGCACACCCCAUCUUUCUUUCAGUGUUCCUGCCUCCAGUGGCAGGCUGAAGGAUCAGGAGCCGGGGCUGAGUGGAGCAGCACACAGAUGCCAUAAGUGGUAUAUAGCUGUGUCCAGGGAAGGGACCAUUCAAAGAGGCAGGGGCCACUGAACACAGGCUCCCAAAUGAGAGAUGUGUGAAAGAACCAUGGAGGAGGUGUGUGUGAGGAGACAGGACGUUCCUUGGGAACAAUUAAUCACCAAGCCUACCUUAUGCCAUUGUAAUCAUAUCGUGGUAGCACUGUCACCCCCAGCUAGAAGGACAGACAGUCCUUCCUAACAGCUUUACCCAGACUUGACAUGUGUCCUCCUUCUACUUCUGUCUUCAUUACAAGGACUCAGUAUUUCACUUUGAACUUCCCCUUGUUUUAUGUAUGUGUGUUUUCUCCAGUACUAAGGAUCCAAUUCAUGGUCUUGUUCACAUAGGCAAACACUCUACCAUUGAGCUGUGUCCUCAGUUCUCAUUAUGUGUUUCUGAAUACAGUGGCACUGUAGGGGGAGGUUCUGACACUAAGGUCCUAA